CCUGAUAAUUUAUGCUUUUCUUCUCAGGGCUGGGAGAAGGUUCUGCUCUUCUUCAUCCGGACAGCAGGUCCCACCCUCAGUCCUUGGAGAAGAGUGCCUGGAGGGCUUUCAAGGAGUCGCAGUGUCACCAUAUGCUGAAACACCUUCACAAUGGAGCCCGCAUCACCGUGCAGAUGCCUCCCAAUAUUGAGGGACACUGGGUCUCCACUGGUUGCGAAGUUAGAGCAGGCCCAGAAUUCAUCACAAGAUCUUACAGAUUCUACCACAAUAAUACAUUUAAGGCCUACCAGUUUUAUUAUGGUGGCAAUCACUGCACAAAUCCCAUCUAUACCUUAGUUAUACGUGGCAAAAUUCGUCUCCGACAAGCAUCCUGGAUCAUCCGAGGGGGUACUGAAGCUGAUUAUCAGCUACGCAGCAUACAAAUCAUAUGCCACAAUGAAGCAAUAACCAAAAAAUUAAGUGAGCUCGUGAACCAAACAUGUCCUGGAUUUAUACCAGAAGAUAGUCCUUGGGAACAGGAUGUGAGCUAUGAUUUGCUGAGGGAAGAGAACGGCUGUGAAUGCACCAAGGCUCUGAAUUUUGCCAUGCAUGAACUCCAGCUGAUCCGUGUAGAGAAACAGUAUCUGCACCACAAUUUAGAUCACCUUGUGGAGGAGCUAUUUCUUGGAGACAUUCACACUGAUGCUACUCAGAGAAGGUACUAUCGGCCUUCUAGUUACCAGCCUCCUCUUCAAAAUGCCAAGAACCACGAUCACACCUGUAUCGCGUGCAGAAUCAUCUACCGGUCAGACGAGCACCAUCCUCCCAUCUUGCCCCCCAAGGCGGAUUUGACCAUCGGGCUCCAUGGGGAGUGGGUGAGCCAGCGGUGCGAGGUGCGCCCCGAGGUGCUCUUCCUUACUCGGCAUUUCAUCUUCCACGACAACAACAACACGUGGGAAGGCCACUACUACCACUACUCCGACCCCAUCUGCAAGCACCCCACCUUCACCAUCUACGCCAAGGGGCGCUACAGCCGAGGAGUGCACUCUGCCAAAGUGAUGGGGGGCACAGAGUUCGUGUUCAAAGUAAACCACAUGAAGGUCACGCCCAUGGAUAUAUCCACAGCCUCGCUGCUGAACGUCUUCAACGGGAACGAGUGCGGGGCGCAGGGAUCCUGGCAGGGGGGGGUUCACAUCGCGCUUGGCAUCCGCCUACCUCACACCGAGUAUGAAAUCUUCAAGAUGGAGCAGGACGCCAGGGGCAGGUACUUGCUGUACAACGGCCAGAGACCGAGCGAUGGCUCCAGCCCAGACAGGCCGGAGAAGAGAGCCACUUCCUACCAGAUGCCUUUAAUUCAGUGCGCUUCAUCAGUACCCAGAUCCGAAGAGUCACCAGAGGAGAAUAAAAUAAGUCUGUAUAGCAGCAGGGCAGCAGAAAAAUAUUCCAGCACCCCAGCUCUUGCUUUGGUGUUGUUUAUUUGUACUGUGUCAUAUUGGGACAUGCUCAGCUAGAAGUGAAAAAACUAUUUUUCAUGACUACAAAGCCAGGAUUCCAUAAGACUGAGGGCUGUUUUUCUUCAGAAUGAAAGGGACAUUUAUUUCCUUGAUGCACUUGAAUGCCUGACAAGUGUUGUUCUUUUCCCUGUUUUUACCCUGCUCCUUGAAUCAUGGACGGCACUCAUUUGAUGUCUGUGCUUUGAACUUCAUCCAGUCUGAUCCCUGGCCUGACAUGACUGCACAAAAGUAAUUGCACUUUAGGACUGCAGACUUCUGGGGGGAGGGAAGGGGUCUCCUUUUCUUAACUGCUGGGGUGAACCUUACAGUCCUGCUUCAGCUGCCUCUGCCAUUCUACCAUUGUGGUACUUUUCUCCCCAAGGCUUGAUUUCUCAUCAGAAUUUAACUCCGAGGAGUCACUCAGUGUAGUGUCAAUACUGUGAUAACAGCUUCCCCCUUUGACUUUAGGGCUCUGAUGUAGAUAUAUGUAUAUAAGAAAGAAAGCCACAAGGAUCUAUCUAAUCGUUAUCUCACACCUCAUAACACAAAAAGGAUCUGCAAAUAAAACAAUCCUCCAU